CUCUUAUUGCAGUGAGCUUGAUGACGCAGAGGACGGAAGCAGUGGGGGAGCCGAACUUCUGAGUUUUACAGAGUUUUUAAAGUUUCUAACAAGUUUGUUCCGGACUGUUCCGGUGUGACGGAGGGAUCCCGGUCCCGGUGUGAACGCCCCCCCCUCCCUCCGCGGCCGGUCGCUGUUAGCUGUUAGCCUGCUAGCUUCAGAGGAACUUCAGUCAGUUUAGUUUCCACAAACAUGUCGGCAGGAGACCCGAGAGGACAGUUCCUCCACAGCCUGCCCGCCCCCGUCCUCUGGGAGUUCAACAGGGUCAUGGACGGACUGUCAGACCUGGACUGGACCCGCUUCGCGUCAGAAGUCCUGGGUGAUCAGACCGCCGUACGAUUGGCUGAGAGGAGGGAGAGGCGGACCGACUGGGUGAUGACCCAAUGGCUGAAUAGGAACGGCCGUGUCAGGGAGCUGAUCGACCUCUUGGAGCGUCUGGAUCUACUCCGCCCCCGUGACAUCAUCCUGGACUGGGCGUCCAGCCUGAAGCCUUCCCCCUGUCCUCCUCCUCGUCCCCCUCCUCAGCCCUCUCUCCCCCAGUUCGACCCUCCCCCCAAACAAUCUGAGGCCCCGCCCACACUGAGCACCUGCAAACUGAGCACGACAGUAGAUAAAGGAGGAGGAAGACCACUUCCCAGACCUACCCCGCCCCCGUCCAGUCUGCGGUCUGACCACCACCGCCCCCCCCAGCCCCCCCUGGCGGUGGCGUGCAGCAGCAGCAGCAGGGUGAUGCGCUGGUCGUAUGAAGAGGUGCAUGCUGGGACGGAGGGGUUCUCCCCCUCCCUGCAGGUGGGGGAGGGGGGGUUUGGCGUUGUGUACAGAGCGUCUCUGAGGAACACGGACUGUGCUGUCAAGAGACUCAAACAGGACUGCCUGCUGGACUGGACUCUGCUGGAGGAGAGCUUUCAGACUGAAGUGGACAAACUGACAAAGUUCAGACACCCGAACAUCGUGGACCUGCUGGGAAUCAGUGAAGGACGAGGAUCAGUGUGUCUCAUCUACAGCUACAUGGAGAACCGCUCACUGGAGGACCAGCUGCACAACGAGUGUGUGUCGCUCUCCUGGCCUCAGAGAGUCUUUGUUGUUGAAGGAGCAUCAACAGCUCUGCAGUUCCUCCACUGCCCCCCCGACGGACACGCGCCGCUCAUCCACGGAGACGUCAAGAGUUCAAACAUCCUGUUGGACCGCCACCUGGUGGCGAAGCUGGCGGACUUCGGUCUGGCUCGGUUUGCGGCUUGCGGCUCGUCCGGACGCACGGCGGCUCAGACGGCGUCGAUCGGAAAGACUGCGACGGUCAGAGGAACGCUGGCGUACCUGCCCGAUGAGUACGUGAGGAACGGAGAGCUGGGGACCGGCGUGGACGUCUACAGCUUCGGAGUGGUGCUGUUGGAGGUCCUGACUGGUCGUCGAGCUCUGGAGAAAGACAGGAAGUCAGGAGAGAGAUACCUGAAGGAUCUGGUGGAGGAGGUGGAGGACAGUCCGGCUGGUUCGUCUGCAGCGUCCUGGAGGAGACAGCUGGACCACCGGCUCAUCACAGGGGGCGCCGCAGAGCCAGCUGGCUGUAUGGAGAUGGUGGCUCUGGCCGUAAAGUGUCUGGACAAGAAGAGGAAGAAGAGGCCGCCCAUGACCGAGGUGUUCGACAGACUUGAGGACAUCCACAACAUCGUGAGGAAGACCAGCUCCUCCUCCUCCCCCCUACCCAGACCCCCUCCCCCCCUGGACUCCAGUGUGGGAGCUCUGUCCCAACAGCUGUCCAAACUGGGACCACUGGAAGACACCUAUCAGCUCCCCCAGUCCUCUCAGUUCUCCUCCUCCUCUUUCUGCGCCCUCACCCCUCCUAACCCGCUACACUCCGCCUCUUCCUUCCCCCCCUCCGCUUCCUUCCCCCCCUCCUCUUCCUUCCCCCCCUCCUCUUCCUCCUCCUCGUUCGCUGGUCCGUGUGAAACCGAUGAGAGUCGAGGUUUCUCCCAGUAUGACCCUCGCGCCCAAGUCAGAUCUAACGGGACCAGUUCCAGUUGUCUGUCCGCACCAACCAGAGACCAGAAUCACAGCUCAGCUGCUCCGGGGGGGUCCCAGUCCAGCCAGCCUUCUGUCCCUACUGAGGACCAGUACAACUUCCCUCCCCAGCCCAGCAGCACCAGUGACAGGUCAGGGGCUGGGGUCCUCACAGGGGCCCCUACAGGACCAGACACCAGAGAGCAGACCACAGCAGGGCCCUAUGGUGUCCCACAAUGCCUCUCUGUGGGGUCCCUGCGUUCAGUGUCCCCGGGGCCCUCAGUCCACGUGAAUCCCAGUAAGCAGCGUUUCCUGGAGAAGAAAGCUCUGUACGAGGAGGGAAGGAUUCAGACUCCAGAGCUGCUGUCGUCUGACGAACUCUACAGAGGGAGGAGUUCUGCUGAGUCCAGAGGACCGGAGGAGAGCGACGAGCUGGAUUAUCUUCCUGCUGAACACGACUGAUGCUUUCUUUCAGUGACUUGACACAAAUCGCUGCCAUCUGGUUCUGAAGGACCAAAGGCGACCCAUCUCAGAGCUGUGGGCUCUUUUGUUAACUGUCGGCCUCAAACCCCGCUAGGGCCGCAGCUUCACAGACAUUAGUUGAAUCCGUUAACUGUUUUCCAGUCUGAGGCCCGCUCCUUCCUGGUUCAAUCUUGAAGUACAAAGCAGCCAUGUCGUCUCUACGUCGAUGUGAACUGCCGUUGAGUUUGCACGUGAAGCAGCACUGAAACACAUCUCUCUACACUGAAAUUAACAACAUAUUCACAUAUCAGGCUUUACAAAUCAACCAAAGACAUAACAUCAGCAGAGAUUACCAUGAAGGUAUGACGACGACAUCACGCCGACAGACAGACUGGAAACAGCCUCGUUAGCUACCUUGGACAAUUUACUCACGUCUGUUUACUGAUUUUUAAAAUUCAGACAGAAACACUUUUAAUUAUUAGUAAUUCUUUGUCAUAAAAUGCUGAAAUAUAUAAUAUUUGAAUGUAACUGAGUUUGUCCUGUUUGCUUUGGGACUCUCAGUCCAGCUGAUUAAUGUUGACUUUGAUAUUUAUUGGUUUUUCAGAUUUGUAAACUGGUUAUAACAAUAUGACACACUGCAGAACAAAUGAGGUACUCAGAAUAUAUAUAUAUAUAUAUAUAUAUAUAUGUGUGUGUGUGUGUAUUAGCUAAUUGAAAGUACUUUGACUGAUAUGGCAAUAUGAUAUCAGAGGGAAUGAUCAGUAUUCUCAUUUCAUUAAAAAAUAUUAAAAUGA